CUUGAGCGUUGUUUUGUUGGUGGUGGAAUAGUUUGGUUUGCAGUUGUUUUGAGAGGAGAGGUUAUUGAUUAGGUGUAAUUUCGCAUUUGGUUUGUGCGUCCUUUUUUUUUCUUCGUGGUAAUGGUAAUGGCUCGUGGUGGAGGAAUGAGGGGCCGAGGAAUGGGCAGAGGCGUCGGCAGGGGCAUCUACAAACCGAAGAUCUUCCUGCCCCGACAUCCGUUCGAUCUGACACUGGCUGAAGCGGCCUUCCCAAGGGUGAAACCGACCCCCGAUGAGACGGUCUUCACUCAGGCGCUCCUCAAGAGGAAUGCAGACCUUUCGCCCACUCCCGCCGAGCAAACGGCCAUCCUCAACUUGGUAACCAAGAUACAGACGGUACUGGACAAUCUUGUUGUUGCUCCUGGUAACUUCGAUGCCUGUCAGUUGGAAGAGGUGAGGCAGGUUGGUUCUUUCAAGAAAGGAACGAUGGUGACUGGACACAAUGUAGCAGACAUUGUUGUUAUACUGAAGACGCUGCCGACGAAAGAGGCUGUGGAAGCUCUCGGAAAUAAGGUGAAGGAGGAUUUGAAGAAUCUGAUGAAGAGUGAGGUCAUCAAUAAGGGUGAAUCCCUGAAUCACACUAUCAACGAGAGAGGCAUCGAAAUUGCCAACAGCUACGCCACCGUGCGUGUCAUGGUUACCACUGUACAUCACAACAUCAGGAAGUUAGACCCCGAGAUCCAUCUGGAUCCGAUGAUCAUGAUGAGCCAUCUGGCUGCGAUCAGACACAGCAGAUGGUUCGAGGAGAAUGCCCAUCACUCCUCCAUCAAGGUGUUGAUCAGGUUACUGAGAGACUUGAGGACUAGGUUCGACGGAUUCGAACCGCUGACCCCAUGGAUGCUUGAUCUGUUGGCUCACUUUGCCAUCAUGAAUAAUCCGAGCAGACAGGCGUUGCCAAUUAACCAGGCCUUCCGCAGGGUUUUUCAACUUCUAGCUGCCGGACUGUUCUUGCCGGGAUCUGCAGGAAUCACUGACCCCUGCGAGGGAGGCAGCAUCAGGAUACAUACGGCGAUGACGCUUGAACAGCAGGACGUAUGCUGUUUGACUGCGCAGACAUUGCUGAGGGUGCUUUCGCACGGCGGAUACAAGCAUAUCUUAGGACUCGAGGGGAACUCCUCCAUUGCCAAGGAGAUGUCAAUUUGGGAUGGUGUCGUUGUCAGUCCGUUGGAUAAGGCAUACGAAAAGCCACCGGAGAAGAAGGAAGGUGAAGAAGUAGAGGACGAGGACAUGGAAGCCGAACCUGAUGAGAGUAUGGAAACUGCUGAAACAUAAGUUAAUUUAUUUAAAUAAAGAAGAAAAAAAGAAGAAUAAUAAUGUACAAGGAAGUAAGAUUUGUACUUGAAAUAUACAAUGAAAUAAUUUUAUUUCAAUUAAUUCA